CGCAAGAUCAUCAUCCGUUGAUUCCGUACAUCGAUACCUCUUGAUCACCUGGUUUUAUUCGUUUCACUGACUAUCGUACGAUGAAUGAGGUCGAUCUUUCGCAACCGCAUAAGCAUCAAGUUGCCAUCUUCGAGGGCGGUUCAUCGACCGUUACCUGCCCCUAUCCUACAACUCCACCAUCUCCGUCCCUGUUGCUGACCACUCCUCUCUCUUCCUGACUUGCCCCACGUCAGCUCACGAAGAACCAUGGCAGCUCCAGACGCGAAAAAACUCGCCAAGUUCAUCCAGGCAAUGGACUCGACAUAUGGCCGCUUCCCCGAACCCAACGACCCAAACUUGAGUCAGUGGGUGCCACCACCUGCUGCAGAAGGGCACCGAGGGCGAUAUCUCUGGACUGAUGGGUUCGCAGUAGUCAAUUUCCUGACCUUGUACAAAAUCACAGGGGAGACACAGUAUCUCACCUUCGCCACGAACCUUGUGACGGCAGUCCACGACGUCCUAGGUUAUACCAGGGAUGGAAAACAGAGACUUCCUGGUGCCACUGAUGACGAUCCUCUGGGAGGUGGCCUUCGGAUUGGCAAGCACGAUGAGAGCGGUCCGGACGGUGAUGGGCAGUACUUCCACUACCUGACCGUAUGGAUGUUUGCACUCAAUCGAAUGAGCCUGGUCACGGGCAACAAAUGGUACAAUGACCAAGCUGUGUCCAUGGCCAAAGCGGCCCUUCCUCACUUCAUGACCAACGCUUCUGCAGAGCGCCCAAGAAUGUUUUGGAAGGUCAGCAUGGACCUGUCCCAUCGCCUUGUCAAUUCUGAAGGCAACCUUGACCCCAUUGAUGGCUACGUAACAUACUCGCUCCUUCAACAACUCAGUGACAAUCAUCAUGUUCUCGAUGGAGAGAUUUCUGCUUUGAAGAAGAUAGUCGACCAGAAAGCUCCGCACUAUUCAACACACGAUACUCUCGAUAUCGGAAUGACUCUGUGGACGGCACAUUGGCUAGUUCCUGAGCCAGCUUGGCCGCCUGAGCAAGGUUGGGCAUCGCAGUUGCAAUAUCGUACUCUGCAGAAUCUGAUAAAGAUAGCCAACACGGGUUACUUUGACCGACCUCUCGAGUCACGACUUGCCUUUCGUGAGUUUGGGACUGCAUUGGGCGUUCACGCCGCAUUGCCCUUGCUCGACAAGAUGAGAGACUCGGAAGGCAGCAAGUUCAGUGUAGAGUCAAAGCUGAGAACGUUGCCGGAUCAAAUCUGUGAGGCUUGGGAAGAUUUCGGACUCGUGCCCGUCCUAGAUAAAGAUGUGUCACAGCGCUUGACUGAGCUCAUGCCUAUAACUGCCGUGAUGUAUGCUACUGCUCUCAUUCCAGGGUUGAUGAUUCGGCAGCCAUGAAAACAAUGUGCCGCUCCACAGCUUGAUCAAGUCAGCGUUAACAUCCUGUUCAACCCCCAGCUUCCAAGGACAGUUGCUAGAACUGUCAUCACAGCCUUCCUCGCCCAUAAUUUCCAUCCAAGAGCGAUCCUCCAUUUCACAACGCCCUCCAUCUUCUUUCGAUCAUUGUUUCUCGGCAACGGCACGACCGGCACUUCCUUCCCCAGGAACCUGCACAGCUCCUCCCAUCCCAUGCCUGGCUCCCAGAGCAACACGUCCUUCCCAUGUUCACGACAAACCCUCUUCACCCACUCGUUGUGCAUGUCGUAAACGCCGGAAUCCCAAAAAUGAUUCACACCAAAGCGCUUUCGGACGUCACCCUCCCAUGCUAUCUCCGUCUGAUAAUGCCACCAAUCCGGCACGCUCCAGUAGCACGCCACGCGGUACGACCAG